CGCACGAAUUAUGUAAUGCGCUUCGGCGACAAACUUAACUUUACCCUUUAUGCUUAAAGUUGGCUGUAGUGAACUUGGUGAUCAGUGGGAUCAUAUCCAUGUAUAAGGGAUAUGUGAUCACAAAACUAGCUAUACAUUAGUGGGAAAUGACCAACCCUUGUCGCAACAGUGUUAUAAGAUGCUCUUCAAUUUCAUAUAAGAUCGAGAUAGGCCCUCGUAUAAUCCUUCUAGCCGAUGGAAUGAGAAUUUGGACACCAGCUGUUAGAAACCUUGAUCUAGGCGUGUGCAUCUAGGGUUCUUAAAUAUGGGAAUCGCUAGAUAAUCACAGAGUACUGGUUUUAGGGAUUUGGGGACAAGAGAGGAAGAGUUGGGAAAAUGGAGUUUGGGAGAAAAGAAGAAGAAGUCGUCCUCCUUAGGGUGGAGGGCCGACGGCAGCAAGGAGAAAGAGGGAGAGGGUCGGCCGAACAGAGAGAGAGAGAGAGAGGAAAAGAGAUAUUAGGUUUACGGAAUUCUUGUUCUGUAAAUGCUUACCCUACUAAUCCCAUGAUUACAAAAUAUACAAUCCGAUAAAUUCUCUAUAACUAUCCAAUACUUGCCCAAUAAUCGAUAAUACCCCCAAUAAUUCGAAAAUACCGACCAAUAACACCCAAGAUCCUCAAAACAAUAAUAAACAGACAAAUAAGUCAAAAACUCCAAAAUAGUUAGAAACCGAGUUUCUAACACCGACCAUCAUCGAUCGGUUUCCAAAGUAGCCAUGAAUACUUUGUUGUUGAAAAUGAAAGAAAUUAAUAGCAUCCGCGAAAAAUAUCGAUGAUUUAAUGCUUAGUGAAUGCUUAUUUAUUUCAUGAUAUUUCCUUCCCCUCAUCUACGUACUUAUCUUGUUGCUAAUGAUGAUGGAUGUUUUUGUCAAUAGAUCGACACAUAAUCGUUUUACUUUUUCGCAUGUAAGAUUAUGAUGACAUUGUGGUGAUAUUAAGCUAGAAGUACGUUUAUCCUCCUCUCUUUCUAAAAAUGUUGUGUAUUGUUCAUUCUUGUUAAUUGCGACAUAAAUGGACAUUAUUUGCAGGUUGUCUUAAUUGGGUUUGGUGACCAACAGUGCCCUCUUCAUUUAAUAUGUGUCAAAUCAGUUUGAAUUUUGGUUCUUUUGGAGCGAGAAAUCCAUGGGGUUGAAUUGCUGGUCAUUUUGUCGAGUGGAACUAUGUGAUUCCACAUGGAUUCCCCACAAAACAAUCCCCCAAUUAUAUAACUCGUUUUCCUGGAACACAUAGUAGAUGCAUGCUUUAUGGGGACAAAACUGAAGUUUUGUGGUCUUCGAUUAGUAAGGUAUGCAAUUCCAAUGUUGUAUAUUUUGUGAUCUCUUCUUCUACUAAGGUGGCGAAAUAUAUAUCGAUUCUGUAUCGAUUCUAAGGUAUUAACAAUAAGCUGAUUACGAAACAUACAUGCAACAUAUAUAUUAAAGAACUAAUAAUACCUCUAUGUUACAUAGUUGGUCACGAGUUCGAUUAUUUAGUGAACUGCAUGCGGUCUCAAACAUGAAACGAACACAAUUUGAUUCAUACGUCGUUUGAGUACUAUUAGAUGUGCUAAUACUCAGACGACAUAUAAGAUUGGUAUCUAUACAUAUGCACAUGGGUCAUGAAUCAUGAUGCUAGCUCUUCAAGAGGAGCCCCAUCAAUGGCAUGAAUGGUUCCCAUCCACCCCUUUCUUACACUAGCUAUUACAUAACUUCCUUUGAGCAACUUCCUAUAUAUGGAAACUAAUUGAAAGUUUUGGGUAAAAGAAAGGAUAGAUAAAAUGAGGUAUAUAGACAAACUACUCUCUCUUAUAUAUCUCAUCAUGAAUAAUGGCAAACAUCACACAACAGAACUCCUGCUAGAUAGUGAUAACAUUUUGGCUUUUCUUUCUCUCAUGUAGUAAUGUACAACAAUCCAAAAUGGAAAAGGUUGAAGGCAGUGUUUGACACAUUGUAAAAGGGUGUGUGGGAGAGAGUAUGUGCCUGUGUGGAUAUACACAUAGAUGUUGGAUUCUUUUGGGGAAAAUUCCUUGAAAAGGUGAAUGUUGCUGUAUAAUUACAGAUUUGAUAGCUGAUAAUAAUUAUGGAUGAGGUGCCAAACUAAAAAUUUAUUAGUAUCUUUUGUCACUUCAUUAAUCAUAUCCAAACCCAAACAUCAUGCACCCAUUGUUAUAUAAGUUAGUUUGUCAUUAUAACUCGAAUGGAUAGAACUGAUUCAAUAAUAAAUUUUAUACUACAAAUUAACAUACUCCCUAAAAUUCAAACUACUUAUAUAGACUUGAAGUUUGCUCAGUCCGAAAAUGGAGUCAUCGAGAAUCAAACAGAAGAGCUCUCACUCACAGAAUUAUGACACUCAUCACCCUAUAUGUUGUCACAAUAUUAUAGCGUUGUUAGGUGAAAUUGAUUCAUAAUUAGAAGAACAAUUCAAACAUAUAUAAGAAUAAUAACAAUGUUAAAGGUAUGAUCACGAUGAUUACCAGUUAGAGAUUAAUCUUUUUUUUUUUUGUCAAAUGUUAGAGAUUAAUCUUUUCAUGUUCAUAAACAAGAUAAUUAAACACAUACAGGUUAUCGAACAACUUAAACUAGAUCCCACGUUUUGUCUUGUCAUCAAUUUAUCUUAUCUAAUAAUCCGUUCGAAUAUCCAAAUCGUAAAAUUUCUCGUCUAAAUUUCCAUCGUUUAUGAAUCAAACAAAAGAAGUUAGAGUAUUAUCCACACUAACUGCAUAUAAUUGGUUUUGGCUUGAGCAAAUCUCACGGACUUGGGUAUUUGAGUAAUGACUAUAACUAAACUUGUGAUAAUACAUUAACUACCAACUUCAGAAUUAUGAUCACUAGCUACCACCAAGUGUAGGCUAUUCAUAUAUACUGGCCGCCUGUUAUUUUUAGUUUUGCCUUCACGACACAACACUAGCUAGACAUGCAAACUGAAAUGUUCUUUCUUUCUUUCCUCCAUGGAACUUUUUGGUUGGAGUGCAAGCAAUGCAAAGGCUGCCUUUUCUCUUUUUGUUGGUGGUGGUAUCAGUGUUGUUUUAUGGGCUCAGUUUCAGGGCCUGAUCGAUGUUACUCUCUCUCUCUCUCUCUCAUUCUAAUUAGCAAUUUAGCAUGAGUUCAGAGAGAGAGAGAGAGGAAUCCCCAUAUCUAUCUAUCUAUUCUCUUUAUUGUGUGCAUGGGUUCAAUCAGAGGGAGAAUCUUUUGGCCACAAUCUAUCUCGCUCAGCAGCAGCAGCUGCAGAUAGUUAUUAUGAUGAUCGAUGCCCCUGUUCCAAGGAAUCCAUCACCUCCUCCUGACAGUGACAAUUGAUGAAAGCAAGCCCAUAAUUUCCCCUUCAUUUAAUCACCCACACCACCAUUAAUUAUUACUAUUACUGUAUUCAUCGCUUUCAUUCCUUUCCUUUCCCAAGAUUCUUCACCUUCACCUGCCUGCCAACCAUCUUCUCUGCUUUAGCGAAUUCCCAAGCUUGCAUUAUAUUUGCUUCUGAAUGUCUUGCAUUUUUUGGUUGCAUGAGAUGCCAUCACAAAUUAUAGCCCCCCAUCGUCAAAUGUCUUGUCGUCUAGUCCAUAUUAUAAAGAAUAAUCGAACUUUAUGAAAGAAUAGGUUUUACGAAAAAACUCAUUUAUUUGCCUGCCUUCGUUUCGUCGUCGGUGUUUCUGGACGAGGCGUAAGAGUUCCAGCCGGCCAACACACACGCCGAUGCCUUCAGAAGCAUCCGUGGAUAUCGUCGUCGCCUCGUCGGUCUUUUUUAGCAUUGCGUUGUGUGCUGCUGAGUUCUACAGAAUAACCGGUCAGAAACAGAGUCUGCGGCCCUUAACUCGACCAGGCCGUGACGGACAGUUCCAUCAGCUUCUAAUGGAGAUGGAGGGAGGUUUCAGAUGUUGGGAUGAUUGGUUGGUUGCUCUCUCUUUCUCCCUCCAAGAACAAACAAUCCGCUUCGUCCAAGCUACAAGAAUUCAUGGGGAAAAACAGGGGAGAAGGGACGACAGAUUCUCAAAUCUAUCUGGCGCUGCUAAGCAUGGGCUUCCUCAAUUGAAGGCCCAAAAAACUGAAAUUGGGUGGCGUUUCGGUUGGGAUGUAGGCGGAGGCCGCGCGGAAACGGGAAACCCUCGCGAAGUGAAAAAAACGGGCGUCCGAAACGGUUGGAGCCCCCGCCCAAGCUUCCAAGCCAAGGGAUCAUGGCCAGGGGGGAAACAGGAGGAGAAGUGACCGUUGGUAAGGUUGGGCUUCAGUUUUGACAAAGGCCCAAAAUGAUUCCUCUUUGUUUAAUUAGAGGCCCACAUGUUGGAAAAUGCGACACCCCGUAUUUAUCGGAAGGUAGGCUGACUCUCGGAGAAUAGAUGGGCUUCAGUCAGACGAAGGCCCAAGAUGUGUCCUCCCUUUUUAAUUGAAGGCCCAGAAAACUGAAAUUGGGUGGCGUUUCGGUUGGGAGGUACGCGGACGGCGUGCGAAAAAGGGAAACCCCCGCAAGGGUGAAAAACGGAUGCCAGAAACGGACGAAACGUGAAACGUUUCGGGGCCUCAAAACCAAAAUCGAAACGCGAGAAAUUGACGAGAAAUUGAAAUUGACGAGAUAUCGCGAUAUAAUAAAAUAUCGCGAUAUUU